AUGUUUAAGUUCUUUCAAGUGCUCGAGGACUCCACCGCGAAGGCCAGUGACCCAUUUAGAGGCGGAGAAUCCAGGGAUCUGCAGAAGUGCUGGAGUUCAGGAAUAUUUAGCGCCGAGGACACAGUAGACCGAAUAUUUGGUCUGCCAUGGGCCAUAGCAUUUACAGCUUCUUGCCCCGGCUGCUCCGUUGACGUCUCUGGCGCGACAGAGUCACCACCGGAGACCACUGCAAAUCGCCACAUAGAGGACGCGUUCAAGGGUAAAAACCCUCGGUUGGAAAAAAAUUUCUCGGCAUUUUCAGCUAGACAUUUGUGCACAGAAACUUUUGAAGAGGUCAGCGAGGCCGAAGCGGGGCUGGAAAUCCAGGGACAUUGUCGUUUUUAUACACACUUGAUGACUGAGCCGUCAAAUUUACCCUUACCAAGUAUGCUAAUGGGUUUCCCCCUUUUAAUUUUACGGCCUGAUAUACGCCCUGACGGGACGUGUUGCUGGGGGAAAGCAGGCAGUGAGAUGCAUCUCACCGCGUUAAUUCUGGCUUCUGUAGCAUUUCUGAUUUUGUUUAAAGCCUUGGUAGCUCAUGCCAGUAGCACUUGGGCCCCGGCCCCCGUCCCCGCCUCAGGAUCCUUCCCCGCCAGUUCUCCCCUGACCCCUAAGUCCAUUGAAGGCACAGUCGAUACACUCUCUUCUUCGACCCUAUUCUCGGAAGUUUCUAAGCGCCUGUUGGACUUGAACUCUUGCAUCUCUGAUGUGCAGUGCUGGGGCAGGGGCAGGCGUUGCAUUGACGGGCGCUGCUGGGGCUUCGCAGGACCCCGCCACGAUCCUUUUCGGUGUGAAGCUGGGACUGUAUGCGCGUUAGAUCGCGUCGAUGGACACUUUUAUGGGGAAGGCGGCAGAGGAAGCGUGGGCCGGUUCCUGCUCCAGCCAAUCCAAGGGUCUCUUGAAGACUGCGGAAGCGACAGGGGUGUCCUGCACAAGCCUCAUAUCCUUUGCGAGGGAACAUCCCCUGGGUGUGAUCUUACCGAGGCGGGGCACCAAAACGGUGUGCCAGCCGAAGAUACCUUCCAGCUGGGGGCUCCUGUUGAGUGCACUUACACUCCAGGGAUCACAACGCAGUCCAGCUGCAGCGCAAGGCUUGGAUUCGUUCCACCAUCACUCCCGGUUGGGCGCUACGCUCUCUGUGGCUGCAGCAGCACUGACCUUGGAGGAAAUGGACGGGUUUGUAGCUCGAUAGAGGACUUUUCGGCUCCCGUUGGCGUGCUGCUGAUAACGGGAUUUGCUGCUCCCGCUGCUUCUAUCGCUUCUCCUCGCGACUCUGAGAUUGCAAAAAAAGCGGGGCUGGAAUCCCAAGCUAAACCUGCUCAUAUUGAAGCAGACUCGACGACUCAGGAGGAUACUCAACUAGCAGCUGAAUCAUCAGAGGGCAUUAUUGAAACGGAUCCCAUACAAGUGGUUCCAUCUUCAGUUACGCAGCAGCAUCUGUUGCUCCCGCGCUUCUCCUGCACCGCUGAUCUCCCAUGUGAGCUGCCAGGAAUUAAGGGGUUCGGCCUUAACUCCAAGGAUCAUUUUGUUAGGGCCAUUUCCGGAAUCCACAGCAGCUGCCAAGGAACUGCAAAGGCAAGUUCAAAGCACACGUCUACGCCACUGCGCCUCCCCUGCAACGCAGUCAGCCGCGGCAGUCGCUGCGUCGUACGUGUUCACCAGGAGGAUAUGAAAGCCCUGCUGCAGUCCACAGGACCAGCAACAAGGACAGAAGAUGGUGGGAACCGUGUUGUAGACGCCACCCUUUGCGGGUGCCGAAGAGGUUCCACGCUGCUUGACUGUGUCGGAGGCACUGUCGUGGGCCUGUUGCAGCUGAAGGCAGUCGAAGGCAAGCAGCAGCAUCAGCAGCAGCGUCAGUUGCGCAAGCUUCAGUUUAUAGAGGGUCGUGCUGCGAACUUGCCAGAGGAAGAAAACGAAUUCACCCCAGUAGGAAAUGAAUGCCAGAAGCAUGCGGACUGCCUGCGUGGCUAUGGGAGCUGCGUGUCUGGACGCUGCCGAGGGUUCAUCCCCGACCUGAAAGGGGAUCGGCUAAUUCGCUGUGUUGAAGGGUACUAUUGUGACGCGGGGGCAGGAGAUAUACCCACAAGGGGCAACAAGGAGAACUUUACAGUCAUUGGCAUUGGACCAGACGAAGAAUGCGGAGCAGCCGUCAAUCUCAAAGCAGACAACUCAAUAUUCAACAACGCAAACAAGUGGGUUUGUUCCUCGUCCGUCUCAUCUUCUUGCGAGUUGCGUUUCGGUGUGGCUCGCCGCGUCAGUCGAGCGAACACAGUGGAAGGAGUGCGGCUUUGCGGCUGCCCGGGCGUGGACUUAAAUGGAGAUAAUUCGCCUUGCAACCACAUGCGAGAUUUCCGUGUUCCCCUAGGGCGAGUCUCGGUGCAGGAGUGCAUUACCAAUGCCCACUGCGCCGAUCGGCAGUUGGCGUACUGCAUAAAAGAUCACUGCGGCGACUUUCUGGUGUCCGCUGCUGCUGCCAGUGUGAACGCCUUCGCCUGCGUGCGAAAUCAGGACUGCACCAUUGAAAACGUCACAGCUCGCAGUGUGAGCGAGGCCCUUAAGGUCAUUCCCAUUGCAGCACACCUCAAGUGCGGGCCAGAUGCUGCCUUGGAUCCAAACUUUCUGCCCGAAAGCGCAAUGCCGUGUGUGGCGGAUGUCGAUGGAGACGGAAAAUGCGAUGUUCACCUGGGAGUUAACCAUUUUUUCGGGACGCAUCGACUUUGUGGCUGCAGUGGCGGAGACUGCGACGACCCUUCUGACUUUGGGGUUGAGCUUGGCCUGCUGAAUACUGUUGAAUGUGUCGUGCAUAGCGACUGUCCCAUUCAUUCAUUAUGCGCCAAGGGGGAGUGCAUCGCCGAUGACAUGCCCCCCGUCCUUGUUGCAUCGGAGCCUGCAGCGGGAUCAAUGUUCAUUCCUCCGCUCAGACAAAUAGAGUUGCAGUUCAACGAGGACAUUGCCUUCGGUAGACCGGGGGCCUCCCUUGUUGUCGCCUGUCUAGAUCCAGAUAUCAAGUGGGUCGUUACCCUCCCCGAUGGAAUUCACGAGCUCCAGACUAUCCGGUACAACCCUGCGUUGUAUCCACGCGCUCCUAAGCGCGCAGCAACGGCAGAUGCAACUGCAGAGCAAAGCAGAAGUGAAAACAGCAAGUGGGUGCUUGAGAGGCAAGGCCAGGUGCUGACCGUGACGCCUGACGAUGACCUCCCUUCGCUGCCGCAGGGAGAGUACACUGUAAGUUUAGACUUCGGAUUCGCUACCGAUCUAACGGGCAACCCAUCGGAGGGCGUGCCAAGUCUGAAAUUUACUCUGGCUCGGGAUGCUGGCUGUCCCCUGCUUUACGUCACCGGCUUGGCAACGGAGAACGGUAAUGCGAAUGGUCUGUACACUCCCAUCGAGCCCAUCAACAAGCAUGCAGCCUGGAGGGGAGCAGAAGGCAACGCCUUCUUCAUAUACUUCAGGAAGGAAACGGAGGGAGAGCCGGGCAACUGGGUCGUUGACACGGAUCUCGAUGAGACGGCCUUCCUCGGCUUCGCAGAUGUGUCUCUCCUCGCAGGAAAGAUCACGAGCAGCAGCGAGAGCGAUGCCAUUCCCCCAACUGGACUCUGGCACAAGUGGACAGGCAAGAAGAGAGAAGAGCAGCCUUUCACCACCUUCAUUUGCAGAGACACCCCGGACCACCUUCCUCCCACACUGACCGACGCAAGGGCUACCCAGAGAAAUGCACCGGGAGGGGGGGGAGGCCCCCAUCCUUUGAAGCUCAACAGCGAUACAGGAGCUCCCGAAAGUCCAAUUACGCUUGUCUUCAACAAGCCAGUGAACUACGGACACUGGGCAUCCCUGCGCCUCGUUCCUCGUGGGGGGGGGGCCCCCGUGGCGGAGUGGAUAACAGACCAGGAAGCAGGCAUGCGCGGAGAGGGUGGCACAGUGAUGAUCCGCUCAGCACCGCCCCCAGCUAGAACCCCCAAAAAGGCGACCAGUGCCUCUGCCGAAGGCAUGCAAGGGGAUUCGGAAGAACCCAAGCAACAGCCCGGCAUUGUCGAACUUACGGUGGAGGCCCCACUCGAGGGUGGCAAGGAAUAUGACCUCAUAGCAGAUCUUGGGGCUUUCACAGACUUUUCGUACAAUCCUUGGGGGCCGCUUGCUCCUCAGACGGUCUCGUUUGUAGCCGUUGCAACGCACUGCUCCCUUCGCGUCGGAGCAGCAGCAGUUGCGGCGGCAGCAGAAUCCGCCGAACCGGACGGCCCCGAAGCACAGGCUACUGCAGGAGACGAAGGCUCCUAUGAGCUGGUGAUCGCACCCUCCGGAUCCUACGCGGAAGGAGACACCCGGGCCGGAGAAGGCGCCAUUGCCGUUGUUCGGUGCACUGAGGGCCUCGCGGUCCCCUCAGACCUUGUGGAAGGCGCAGAUGUCAGAAAUGCUGGCAUGGUAAGGUGUCGAAACGGACGCUGGGAUGGACACCUCACUCCCUGUGUACCUCGUUGCGGACCGUAUCCCUCGCUGCCGGAGGCCUACGAAGUCGAGGAGAAAGAAGAAGGUGCAGCGGAGGGGCUUUUGGGGGCUUCCAUUGUGAUCCGCUGCACGGAGGCUGCUGCCGCAGGAGAAGGGGAGAAGCCGCAGGAACAAACGCUCAGAUGCGCGGGAGGUCGAUGGGAGCCUCUUAAACUCAGCUGCGCCGCUUUGUGCCCACCGUUGGGGCCUUCACUUGGACACCAGUACUCUGUGCUUCUGCCAGACGGCUCUGAGCCGCGUGCAGCGGGACAGGGCGACGUGGAGGCAGCCGCAAUUGAGGGCGAUAAACGCGUCGUCUCAUGCAGAGACGCUGGCGUUGCGACGGAGCAACACAUGGAAGAGGCAGAGCACGAGCAGCUACGGCAAGUCGUGCAAUGCACAGAGAAAGGAUGGGCUCCGCCCCUUAGCUUUAGCUGCAACCGCAGCUGCCUUCAGCCCCCUGUGCCUCCAGAAGGGGCAGAUAUUCAAGGGGAAAGUCUGCGGCACGGGAGUGUAUGGACAGCAACCUGCAAAUCUGGCUACGAAAAUUCUCACGGCAUGCACUCUGUAGCCUUCACUUGUACGGAUGGACAGUGGCUUCGCCAGGUGCCUGCGUGGGCUCCAUCCUUCUCCUGCAUGCCCUUAUGUGCCCCCCUUGUCCUCGAUCCGAGGGCAUACACCCUCACUCCGAUUGCCUCAGAAGCAGACACAGGCACCAAGGCGGAAACAGCAGUCAAAAUUGCCUGUGCCAAACACGGCGUGCUGCUUGGAGGACCACCAGAAGAGAUCCUGAGAUGCGAAGGAGGCCUUUGGAGUCUUCGUUCCACUACUUGCGCUGCAAGUUGCCGCAACCCCAUGGACGUCCUCGGCUCGGAUUACACGCUGAGCCAGCAAGAGCAGCAGCAACCUCAGAAGCAGACUUACGCGCAUGGGGAAACGGCGCAGAUCAAGUGCAGUGGUAUCAACAGCAAUCACAGUCCGGCAGCAGCGGCUGCAGCCGCUGCUGCUGCAGCACGAGCACCACCUCACACCAUUACGUGCAUCGACGGCAGCUGGGAGUCCAAGCCUCAAACGCCCAUGCAUCAAAAGCAUCAGCUCGAAUCAAAUGACUCGACAGCGCUGAACAGCAACGGCAGCAAUCGUGGAGGCGGGGUGCUGCUUCGCUGCACAGCCACCUGCGGCCUGCCGCCUCUACCUGCCCAUUUUGCGGUCCUUUCCUCGACUGGAAAGGGCAGUCACCGUCAGCUGCGCAACAAGCUCUAUCGUGGAGGUGAAAAGCUUCUCAUCGGCUGCUCUGCGCCGUUCGACGCGACCCUCAACAUGCCUUCUGAGCUGCGUCAGGAGCGCCUGCAGCGGCAGCAGCAGCAGCUGCAGUGCGCUGAUGGGGAGUGGGUGGGGGAGUUAAAAGACGAGGUCUGCGUCAGACAGUGUCCAGGGAACCCUGGAGACCUCCCCGAGAGCAAAUGGAGAGAGCUGGGAGUUGUUUGUGGUGCCUCAUGCGGCAGUGGCUGCGGCAGUUGCUACAACAGCAAGAAGGACAGAGAAGAGGAGGGAGUAGACUGUGGAGGUCCCUUCUGCGUGCCGUGCAGCAACUGCAGCCCCUUGCCCCUAAAACAGUUUUUGUUGCAGCCCAGGCUUUAUGCAACAUCCCUUGCGCACGCGCAGCACCGACAGCAACAGCAACAGCAGCAGCAGCACGUUGAAUUUCCCCUAGAAAUGACCAAGCACGGUUCCAGAAUCGGAGUUUCGUGCAUCAGCAAUCCUGCUUUGUCUCUUCGCGUCACUUGCAGCAAUGGCAGAUGGGUAGCUGGAUCCACGACAGCAGCAGCAGCAGCACUUGCCUCCGUACAAGACGAUGCUACCCGCCUGGCGGCUUUUGCUGCAUCGUGCGUUCAUGCCGAUCUAGGGGCACCGGAAAUCGCAAGCAUCACUGGCACAGAAGACGCAACAAGACCAAGGGCGAUGCGUGCGGCUUUGAAUGCAGCGGCGCAAACGGAGGACAGCGAUGCGUUGCUCUCAGGAGCAUCAGCAGCAGUAGAAACGGCAGCAGCGGAAGCGGGGGGGGGGGCCCCCCCCGCUUCCACCCCUCUUCAAUGGCGAGAACCUGAGCUUCUGCGCUUUGGACCGCCUGUGCUGCGACUUCCUAUGGAGCAUGACGCUCCGCUUUUCCGCCAACAGCAGCAGCAGCAACAGCCACUAAGUCCUUGCAUGGAGGAUCUCGUUAAGGCAGUUUCGAAGCUCCUUGUGGGGGAGUGCGGUGCGCUUGCAUUCGGUUCCACCCCUUUUAAAGUCGCCUCAUUCUGCAAGGGAACCUGUAGCACCUCGUUCAAAAGGGAGCUGCAAGUGGCAGCUGAAUGCAGCAGCAGAGCUGCAGCAGCCAUUGCAGCAGCUGCGCCUGGGCCGGCAACAACUGCAACAUCCGCUCCAGACGAACACCUGCUGCAGACAUUCCACCAAAUGCUGGAUGUCUUUUGUGAGGUCAAGGACGGGGACCACUGCUUUAGCAACGCCGCUGAAACGUUUGACUUCCUGCAGCGGCUUCACCAAACACGACAACUCCAGCAGUUGCUCCAGCAGCACGUCUGCCCUGGAAGCCGCGGCAGCGCAUGCUUCAGCAGCAACAUCCGCUACAUAGCUGUGUUGCAGGAGCUGCGACAGCACAUGGACGUUGUGAUGCCCGGACUGCAGCAAACGCAGCAGCAGCUGCCGCCCCUUUCUACGUUGGGGGGAAAUGAGGCCAAAGGGCCAGAGGAAGGACUUUUAGGCUUUGGUGUGAGAGGCCUCUUGACAGACUUGCGGCGACUUCCGGCGAUUGCUUCUCUGUUGUGCACUGCAGUGGACGGUCAGAGCUGCGCUUCCCAGGUGUUAGCUGUUGGAAGCGUCAAUCCCUUUGCACCGCUGCCCCCUCCAGAAGCAGCAGCAGGCUUUUGCAGCAGCAGUCCUGAGGCACCGUGUCUCCUCGAGGUCUACAGACUUCUGGGAAAAGAGCUGCUUCAGCCUCACGAUGCGGAGACACAGCCGCAAAAGGAGGAGUCGAGAGAGCAGCGGUUGCUACGGCAGCAGGUGCACCCUUUCGACUGGGCCCUAGGCACAACUCUACUCAGCAUAGGACGAAACUUUUGCUUGCGCAGCGCAGAAGAUCAGAUCUGCGGUGCCUUGUUGCUGUCUCCCGAUGUUACAGAGCCAGUUAUAGCAGCCUUUGGAGCACUAGUGAUGCGUCCGUAUGAGCCAGUAGCACAAGCGGAUCUGCCAUACUGCAUGUGUCCCUUGGCAUUUGUGGGGGAUGGAGAGUGUGAUCGAAGCUGCAAUACGGCGGCCUGCGCCUUUGACAGGGGGGACUGUCUGGCUCAGCAGCAACCCCUCCUGCAGCCUAUCCUGGAAAGCCUCGAAGCCGCGACAGUGCACCGCGCAGAUUCGUGCUUCCCUUUCCUUAAAGGAUUCGAUUGCAGCAACAACGAAUGUAAACAGGCUAUGCGUGAACUCCAAGCAAGACACGGCUGCUGUCUCGCCCCCCAGCUAGAGCUGCUGCGCGACUUGCUGUCCAUAGACGCCUAUCAACAGCAACAGCAGCGGCUGCAGCUGGUCAGGCUGCAGCAACAGGCACCAGAGGCGGUGACUCCGCAGUUGCUGCGUCUCGUGGACUCCUUGUGGAACGAGGCCGGCAGCGAGGGCCCCCCCAUGGAAUACUAUAGAUCCAUAGCAUUUUUUGAAGGGGAUUGCAAGAUGGCUUUUGACCGUACCUGCUCUCGAGGGCUCAACCGCUUUGUCUUUUCAGUGGAGGCGACGCUGGAGGGCCUCGAUUACGACUCCCUAAGCAGCGGCAUUGGCAGCAACACGGAGGAACUGCUGCGACACGUGCUUAGAGACACGCUUUCUGGAGCAUUUGGUGUACCCCUUGGUGACGUCCUGCUCGUAAGAGCAUGGAGAGGCCUCGACAUCCAUGCGAUCCUGGAUGCGGGCCCACUAAGCAACAAAAGCCACUUCCUACAGGCGAUAGAGGUCCUUCGGAGUGACGGAUCCUCUGGUUUGUCUGAGCUGCUAUCCACUGCACUGCAGCGGCAGCACGCUGGCGCUACUGCCGCCUACCCGAGGCAACGGCGUCUGCAGGAGCAGCCGCUAAGUGCCUUGCAGAAGCAGCAGCAUGUAUGGGAGGCACUCGUACUGCACCCCGUGCCCCUCCUGCUGCCUGAGCCCCUUUUCACUUCGUCCGCAGUGUCAGUUCGCCCCUCAAGUGUGUCGAUCACGCAAGUGGCCUUUGCCUCACCAGGCACCAGCAGCAGCGUCAGUGGCAGCAGACGACAGCAGAUGUUGCAGCAGCUCAGACCUGAACGGGGAACGUGGGGUCUUGGACGCGUAGUUCCCCGCGAUGUUGCCUGCAACACGAAUAAUGGCCUUAGCGCUCCUCCCAAUGUCUCUGUCUUCGAAGCCUAUCGUCUGCACUCUACGCUGACCACAAACAACCACGGCGCUGUGAUUUCAGUUGAAUGCGGCCACGGGUAUGCCCCCAUCGAAGGCCGAAGCCCCCAGGAACUGGUGUGUCAACAGGGUCGGUGGGUGCCGCUUGAGAAGGAGGCAAAUCUACCCAGUAGUCCUGAGGACCUUUCUACGCGCAUUUUACGCUGUCGAAAGCCUUGUGGGGCUUAUGAGGCCUUCGAUCCCCUAGUGCUUGGACCCGCCUUCGUGGCCAGCGGCUUAGGAGAGGCAGAUGGCGACCACAGGGUUGUCUAUUGCGCUUCUGGAUUUGUGGCUGCUUCGGAUACCAUGCCGAGGACAGAAACUGUCGUCUGCAGUAACGGCACAUGGAGCAAGAGGCAACUGGAAUGCGUAAAGGAUUUUGCGGCGAUAGCCGAAACAAGCCCUUGUGCGGCCAGCCUCUCACGUCUUCCCCCCACCCUCAAGGUUGAAAGUCUUCCUACGACAGCGACCCAGCACGGAAGCUCCUCGGCAACGCCUCCCAUCAAUAGUGAUGUUGCGGCUGCGCUUGCCACAACAUUCCAAAGGGCCGGAGUGUCUUUGCAGCUCUUCCGUAUUGGCUGUGCGAGAGGCUUUGUCUCGACUGUGCUGCAGCAACAACAGCCGCUGUCCCCAAAACAGCAGCAGCAGCCCUUUGCGUAUGCUGCAUGCAAGGAUGGGAGGCUACUGGACCUAGGACCGGAAGAUCCUCUACCCAUGGGGGCCUUCGCCUCUGGGGAGGCUGCGGGGGCCCUCGCUCAGCAGCUCAAACUGCGUGUUGACUCAUCCCCUGAGGCGGUUACUGCAUAUGAAGCUGUCACCGUAGCAGGAUCGGGAGCGCCAGCAAAACAGGCGUUUUUGCUUGACGGCAGCUUGGGGGCAGAAGCAACGAACCGAAUCGCAGCAGAAGCGCAACAGCAAAUUCUUAAAGGCAGAAGGCUGCAGGACCCGACCCCACUUUACCUGGGGGCCUGGCUGGGGUGUCAGCGAGAGCUGAGACAAGAGCCUCACAAGGCCCCUAAACCUGUGAGCGAUACGCUGCUGGUGUUCAGUUCUUUGUUGCUGCUUUUCGUGCUGGUGGUAGGAGUUUUGGCCUUCUGGUGGUUUCGCUCCCACCGUAAGGAGAAGAAGGCGGCAAAACUGCAACAGCAGGAUGGCGGGGACUAUUCUAGACAAACCAUUAGCGACCUCAGGGGGGGCUUGUCACCAAGUGAACUUGAAGGGCCCCCAGGCAUAGAUGUCGGCAGCUCCGCAGAAAACUAUGGAGGAGGAUCUUUGCAAUCCCAUCAAUUCCUGCAGCGCGAGGGCAUCAGCAGCCUAGCUGCUCCCAUAUUCUCCACGGGGUUAUCUGGAGGGCCCUUACCCUACUUGCGUGAUGGAGGACUGCUCCUGCCGCAGCAGCAGCAGCAGCAGCGACAGCGCCAGAGGGCUGCGACACCGCCUCCUGCAUUUCCUUCGGAAGAUACAGCAGGAACGGGAGUGGCCGCUGCCUCAGGAGCACCACCUGCAGAUGAGCACUCCCUCGCAUUUUAUGCUCCCGUGUACUACGCAGGGCUCUCCCGAGACGGAGGCCAUUUAAGGCAGGACAGAGGCAGCUCCAGCAGUGGAGGUGGAGGAGGUUGUGGGGGUGGUGGUGGUGCAUCUGAGGAGGACAGGAUGAGUGCCCACUCCGAUUUGCUGCUGCCGCAACACCAACAGCAGCAAAGGCACUUGCUGCAGCAGCAAGCAGCCGCUGCCUCCACCUCUGCAAGAAGGGCAGAGCUUGGGCCUGCUGACACCUUCAGAAUCAGAGGGAACAGUCCUGCAGCCGUCAGUGCGGCCUACAUUGCAGCAGCAGCCGCUGCAGCCACGGAGCAGCACCACGUGUACCCAGCUGGAGUGCCAUCAGCAGGGCAUGCCACCCAACAAGUCAUGGUCAGGCGUGGCUCCCUUCCCGCAUAUGCCGAAGGGGAAGACCGCAAGCAGCAACAGCAACCCCGAACAGAGCGCAGUAUGUCGCAGCGCUUUAAAGCUCUGACAGAGGAGGCCCCGGCAGUCUUGGGUGACAGCGGUGUUACAUCUGCUGGGAUUUCUCUCACAGAUGACGAAGAGUUGUACCCUGAAGACUCAGCCAGCUGUGUAGCUAUGACGGCUGGCCAGAGGCAGGCAACUACAACAGCUGCUGCUUCUUCACGAGGACGGCCUUCAAGGAUUCCUAAGAACAAGGGGGCAUCCAUGACGCACUAUCCCUCCUCGCAGGGGCACGGCGGCAAAGCCAGCCAGCCAAUUCCUCCACAAGCAACGGCGGACCACAUGCUUAGCGGGACCCCCGUGUACAAUGAGCCAGCUCCAGUCUGUAUCCCUCGCCCGGCACCUGGCCAACAAAGUCAGGCCCUAGCUAGGCAGUCAUAUAGCCGUCUUUAUGGAGACCGCGCAAGCAGGACAUAUAAUUCAUUAGUUUGCUGGGGAUGCAGCUGGCUGAAAGCUUUGGCAAGGGAAGAGUGGACCCCUGGUGAGCAGGAACACACAAGGAUACUGCCCUUCGCCUCAGGAGCACUUGAAAUCCCGUGUAUAGUCCCCUCUCUCCCCCGCCCCCCCGUCCUACAAGGGCCCUUCAAAGGAUCAGAAGAUCACUUCCUCUUCUUAUUGCCGGCUGCGUUCUUCUUGCUAGGGCGCUUUUCUGGAGCGACUUCGAUCGGGGGGACGACACCCAUAUCUGACGCCCCAGGAGGAAAGCACACAGAGUUCCAGCGACAGAAAUGUGCACGAGGAAAUCCUGCAGCCGAUGCUGGGCCUCAAAGUCUACCACUCCCUCUUUCAAUGCGUCCACCGUCCGGCGAAGGCGUUGAAUCAUUGUCGAGAAUAGGAAACUUUCCGGUUGGUUAG